AUGGCUAAAGCUUUGAUGCCAAUCAAGAUAUUCGCCGAUAAAGUGGAAGAAUGCCAUCAAAUCCUACAUGAAUUCGGUGUCGAUUUAAAACACAUGUUGUUAUCAGAAAACAAGACAUCAAUGACUUCAAUAACAUCAAAGUUCUGUUCGACGACUGCUAUAGAGAUAGCAUUGUUUGAAGUGAUGAAAGCGCUGGACAUCACACCCGACGGUAUAAUUGGACACUCGUUUGGAGAGAUAGCCUGUGCCUACGCAGACGGGUGUCUCACCACAAGGGAUGCAAUGGUCGUCACGUACUUCAGGGGAGUCGUCACUGAAAAUGAUAAUAAAAUACCCAAAGGAUUAAUGGCUGUCAUCGGGCUGUCCAGUGAUGAAGCCAUAAAUGUUUGUCCUAAAGGAGUAUACGUUGUCUGUAAUAAUGCAAAAGAUAGUGUCGUUUGUUCCGGUUCAAUGAAUGAAAUGAAAUCAUUAAUCAACACAUUAACCAAAAGUAAAGUAUUUGUGCGACAGUUAGAGAGCAGUGAAAUCCCAUUUCAUACAAAAUAUCUGAUCACAUCUGCAAAGCCUUUGAUGGAAGCCAUUAAGAAAUAUAUACCAAACCCAAGACUCAGGUCCCGGAAAUGGGUGUCCACUUCACUCAUGACUACCGAUCCCAACGAUCAGGCUUUGAAAUACGCUUCGGCCGAGUAUUUCGUAUACAAUCUCCUAAAUCCGCAACUAGUUUGGGUCGUCACUGACGAGUUCUGUGUGUUAGAGAGCGAUAACAUUUGUGUUGUGGGGAAAAUGCGGACUCCGGACGAUGAGGUGUUACUCACGCCUAACGCUAUAUUUGACAGACAAAACCUGAUGGUAAAUAUUGAGAGCUCACUAGACAGGGAAGAUAUUUAUAAAAAGUUGGGAGUCCUGGGCCUCGACUACGGACCGCACUUUCAACGCCUUAAAUCGAUUCACACCAACGAUUUUCGCGAUAUUUAUGGAAUCAAUGAAUGGGACGGAAAUUUAGUCACGUAUUUGGACGCAAUGAUGCAGACGAUAAUAUUUCUUAAUCCUAAUAGUUUUAUAAUGCUUCCGGUGAUGAUCCGUGCGGCUCGUGUGGAUCCUCGAAAGCUAUUUAAUGCUCUAAGGGUGAGCCAUAAAUUAAUUCGCCAUGAUGAUGUUGAUGACACAUCUAAGCAAUCAUCUAAGUUGGAAAGUGUAAUAUCGGACAAUGAGAGCGCUCAAUAUCAACUAGAGUUAAAUAGCGAAACCAAUCGGUUUAAUCACAGGUUCUGCAUAUUCUCUGCUGAAAUGCCAUUUUAUUUCAAUAAAAAAACCAAACGAUUGGUAGCACACGGCUUGGAAGUAGAAGGACUGAUCUCUCAUCCAAUAUUGCGCCGCACAGAAGUGGAGAAUCUCGUAUUAGAAUCGACACUAAGUGCCGGUGCCUUCCAAAUGCCGUCAGUAUGUGUUGUGCCGGUAGUGCCGUUAAUACCGGUGGUGCCGAAAAAUAUGGAAAACACAUUUACCGAAAUUAGUAAUAAAGUGGAACACGAUUUGAGUAAAGAUAUAAUAAAUCAGAUCGAGAAGAAUGAACGACUCAUCCGAUCGCUCGUUGAUAUCGUUUGCGAAAACUUUAUAACAACUAAUGAGUUAAAAGUGACGGAAAUAAACAUGACACCAGGCGUAUUGGCCACAGAAGUUGAACAAAAUAUCAAACAAUUCAAAAUCAUGCCCUUUGAUGUCGAUUAUAAUCUUGUGGUGAACUCAAAACAAGAUAUUCUUGAAAUCUAUAAGAAACCGUACGGAGGGAACUUUCGUUAUAUCUUCCAUAUGGAUACCAAUAGUGUCACUAACAUUGACUUCAAUACAAAACCCUAUUCUGAUAUAUUGGCCAACGAUUUGGUCGCCAAUGUCAUUAAAGGGGGAGAACUGGGAACUUAUAGACACUUUAAACUUCCCGCAGAUUACGAUAAAAUGGAAGCAAAUGAAUAUCAUUUAAAUUUCGGACAAAUUCGUCGUAUGCCAAUUCGAGAUGAUGAUACGUUUUCCGAUUGUGUUUUGGGCUCUGAAUACGUGGGCCGUAGGGCCGACACCGGGGAACGUGUCAUGGGUAUAGAGUUUGGCCGCACGUUAGCAAACUCAGUUAAAGCGACCGAUAAGUAUAUGACUACUGUUCCCGAGCACUGGUCAAUGGCAGAAGCGGUUACUGUUUUGAAUACAUAUAGUACUGUUCACUACGGGCUCAUUAAAAAGGCUAAUGUAAAAAAAGGCGAAAGUAUUCUAAUACACUCUGCGGCCGGAGGUGUGGGUCAGGCGGCAAUCAAUGUGUGUAAACACUAUGAAUGCGAUAUCUUUGCGACGGUCGGGACGGAAGAGAAGAAACAAUUUUUGAUAAAUGAAUACAAUAUACCGGAGAAUAAGAUAUUCAACUCAAGAGAUAUACUCUUUAAGAUUCAGAUAAUGGAUGCCACGGACGGUAAGGGAGUCGACGUUGUGUUGAAUUCACUGACGGGUGAAAAACUAAGCGCCGGUUUUGAAUGUCUGGCGAUUAGCGGACGUUUCGUAGAGAUUGGAAAGUAUGAUAUGAUUCAAAACAAACAGUUAGGAAUGUAUGGCUUUUUUGGUGAUAUGGAAUUUAUCGGUGUUGCUGUUGAUGCUGUUAUUUUAAAUGACCAUGAUUAUUUACAAGAGUUUUAUGGAUGGCUGCAUAAACAUUCAAUGAACGGUUGUGUAAAACCAUUGAAUUACAAGUGUUUUGUUGCCAAAGAUGUGGAAAAAGCUUUCCAAUAUAUGGCAACCGGUAAACACAUCGGAAAGAUUGUCAUCAAAAUGAGAGACGAAGAGAUGGAGAGAAAGUCGGUUAUGAAAAUAAAAUCGGUUCCCAAUCGUUUGGUAACCGUUAAAACAUAUUUCAAUCCAAACAAAGUCUAUAUAAUAACCGGAGGUUUGGGUGGUUUUGGUCUGGAAUUGAUUCCAUGGAUGCAAUACUCCGGCGCCCGAAAGUUUGUGGUCACCUCGCGAUCAGUGUUUUCGUCUAUAGCUUGUGGAAAAGGAAACGCCGGGCAAUCGAACUAUGCGUUCGGGAACUCCAUGUGUGAGCGUAUAUGUGAAGAGAGACGUAGGGAUGGUCUGCACGGACUCGCCGUACAAUUCGGACCCAUUGGUGAUGUCGGAGUGUUUGCGGACUCUUCGGAUCAGUUAUUAAUGAUGUCCUCAUUGAGAAAACAGCGCAUCAACUCUUGCUGUGAUGUUUUGGAUAAAUUUAUUGUGAAUAUGUUAUGGCGAUCUUUAGGCAUCGAUCCUAACAAUACUCCCAAUGAUCUAACUCUUGGCGAGAUUGGCAUCGAAUCCAUGUUUGCCGUUGAGUUGCAGCAGGAAUUUGAGAGGGAAUGGAAUCAAAGUUUCCCGUUAAUGUUUAUAAAAAUUAGUUUUGCUGAUAUGGAGGAAUUGGCAAAUAAGAUAAAUCGACCAGUGAUUGGCAUUAAUUGGACCCGAGAGUUGAGUGAAAUGACCACUUUUAAAGACAUGAACCAAUAUUAUGUAAACAUAUUGAAAACUCUUGAGCCGAGCGGCCGAUGCGAUAUUGUGGGAUAUUUUGAUAACAGCAUUGCAUGCGUUAAACUAGUGUUGAAAGGAAUGGUAGGGAAAGCCAUUAUAGUGGAUGUCACUGACAGCAAACACAGCGAGCCUAUAAGCGAUACUACAAUCAUGAAUUUUAUACUAGGUUAUAUAGCUAAAGAUUUGCCAGAAUCGUAUCAUGGAUGCGGACAAAUUCGCGGAGAUGUCACGUGA